AUGAAUAAGGCUUGCUCUUCGUUAUUUCUCUCUUUCCUAACAAUUUCCGAAAAUGAAGAAUUCGGAAGGUUUUAUUGCUAUGAUGGACAUGAUGAACCAUCAUCAUCAGACAGUACUCAAAUCAUUUACAGAGCAUCAGAUAAUCGAAAAGGUGGAACGAGUCCGAGAAUUGGAACGUUAUUAUUAAAGGAGCAACCAAAUUGUUUUUGUGUAUCGGAGGAGCAACGAAGCAGAAUUUGUAAUUAUUGUUUUAGAGAAAAAUCAGAAGGAAUGAAAUUGUCGAGAUGCAAAGCUUGUAAAUAUUCUCACUAUUGCUCGAUGGAAUGUUAUAAUGCAGAUCAACACUUGGUGGAGUGUAAAGCCUUACAGAAACAUCCCCAAGUAACCAAUUCUAUGAGAUUAAUGUUGAAAUGUUUUUUGAGUUGUAAGACCGUUGAGGACGUGGAAAAAAUCGAGAAUUUAUCACCUAAGCAGAGCAUGAAGGAUAUUGAGGAUUUGAAACAAUUGGCUAUUUUAUUUUGUGAUUACGUGAAAGAAUUGGAUCUGUCCAUCUCUUUGAUUGGACAUCGAAAAACUGACGUCGAUUAUCUCUAUUUAUUGUUUCAAAAGAUUCAAAGAAACACGUUUUCUAUUUGUAAUGACGAAAUGAAUGUGAUUGGCUCAGGAUUAUAUGUUCACACAUCCUUGUUUAACCACAGCUGUGUUCCAAAUUGUACGGUUCUCUUCGACUCUAAAAAGAACAUUUAUGUACGAGUUAUUAACUCCAACAUUAAGGCUGGAGAGCCUCUAACCAUUAAUUAUGUUGACCUACUAGAUGUGACACCAAAUAGACAACAUAAAUUAGACAAACAAUAUCAUUUCACUUGCCAAUGUCCACGAUGCACAUCUACAGUCAAUUCUGAAGAGAGAAAUACUCAUGUGGAGAGCAUGCUUGAAAUGGCUAAUGAUUUUAAACAGAAAAAUCAACUCCAAGAAGCCAUCAAUUGUUAUUCGCGAGUUGUCUCAAAAAAGAAAUCCUCUCCAAAACUAUUUCAUGACAUUUAUUUGGGCAUUGCUCUGAAUGCACUUGCUCACAACUAUGUGGAAUUGGGCGAGUUUGAAAAAGCAUAUCACUAUGCUGUAGAAUCACUUCCACUCUUGGAACAAUAUUAUCCAGAGUUUUAUCCAAUUCUUGGAUUGCAAUAUCUCAUGUGUGCGAAACUUGGAGCUCAUCUCGAAGAAGAGAAACAUCAUCAAGCAAGAACACAAACAACAUCGUCGUUCACACCAAACAUAUCCUCUCAAUGGUUUCAAAAGGCAUUUCCUAUAUUUUCCAAGUUAUUCAUUCACGAAGACAACACUCCGUUCGAUGUACUUCGCCGGAAUCAAAUCACAUUUUAA